AUGAAGAUUUUAGGUAAUAUUGUAAAGGGCUUUAAACAAUAUUACCUAAAACAUUUUUUUGGAAACUUUAUUUUUUUUCUGUUAGCUUUGUUUUAAAAAUAAAGAUUUUAGGUAAUAUGUUGUAAAAUUUAUCAAUAAAAUGUUACCUAAAUCUUCAUUUUUAAUAAAAGUUUUUCUUAAACUUACAUUUCAUACCAACACGGUAGAAAUGAUAACAAUCAAAGGCAUUUAAUGUUUCUGGAAAUGUAAUUUACUGCCUUCUGAAAUUGUUUUACGACCGUCUUCCUCAACGUUUUUUCAGUUUAAGUUUAUUUUUAUUCGAAUUGACAUUUACGCGAUUAUCCGACGUUUUUCUCGGAUCUUGUUAAUCUUACAAUGUUUCAGAUGAUGCUCAAGAACUGAUAUUACACUAACCCCCAUUGCAUAUUGUACAUGGAACCCGGUGAUUUAGGAACAUUUUUUAUUUAGAAUUCUUGGUUCGGUAAGAGUUUUCGAUUAUUUUAGUUUAAUUUUUUUUAUCAGAAAUUUGUGACUUCUGAAUUAAAAUAGUUGAAAAUGGCAUUUAUUACUUUAGUUUAGACCUUACCUUGAUACUUUUGUCCUUAAAUGCGUCAUAAUGACGUUCUUAUUAAACCUAAAAAUAUGCUGUGUAAAAUACGAGCAAGUAAAGUAACAAUAUAUUUUACCUUCAGAUGGCCAAGCCCACCUCAGAAAAUGACCUCCAACUUGAUUCCGGCGUCAUUAAUCGAGUCCGGUUCGAAUGCACUACCAGCUCUGUUUCUCGAGGCCAGGAUUCAUGGCCAACCCGACCAGUUGAUCACACAAUUGGGCCUGUCACUAACUUCAAACAAUGUUGAUGUAGCUGUCUUCAGUAAGUUGUUUUGUAUAGUUUAUUUGGAUUUAGGGUAAGACGAGGCGAGAAAAUGAAAAUUUUGUGUGUGUACAAGGUUUGUGGCUGUUGUUUUAGAUAAACCUAAAAAAGCAGAAUUUUAAAACGUUAUACACAACAUAUUAGGUAACAAAUGGAAUUAUAGAAUGAUUAUUUUAAAGUACAGUAGCUUUCAUGGGUUAG